CCUCCUCAACUCAAGCAGUCAUGCCUGCGAGCUCGCUUUAAAAUCAGCCGGCUGGCACAAGGGAUCCUGGAGACGCAACCUUUCACCAGACGUCUCCGUCUGCAGGAGUUCUGCUCUGCCUCAGCCUGAAGAUGCUUUUUGUAUAGAUAUCUUUUUGCCCUGAGUCAGUUUAAGGAUUUGCUCAACAAGCUUGGAUGUGUUUUGGUGACUGUGUGCCGGCGCAGAGAGCUCACUUCAGGAUUUGUAAUUGAGAGCCGGCUUAUGAUAAACAGCUGUGAAAGGAGGACGGGUUGCUGCAGCAUAACCUUUAUGGGAUUUUUUUUCUUUUACACCCUUGCAAUUAAACACAGGCACAUAUUUCCCAGCAAUCAGCAGCAGCGGAGUCUGGCUGUAUUAUGCAUGCAUCUGUGGGUAACUGCUGCUGUAAGGCCACACUGGGGGACUGCUGAGGGGGAAAAGGUGCUGAUUUAGGGAAAAUGGCAGCCUUGCUUUGUUUUCUUAGCAGCAAACAAGACAAACGUCUUGAGGAUUUAAAGAAAGAGACUUUAAAGAUGGGAUGAUUGCUGUGUGGAGCUGAACCUGACCAUUCAUUCCUCUUCCUCUAGCCCAUCCCAUCAUGAACUCUUCCUCCAAUGCAAACCAGAGCAGUUCUCCUUUGUUCUGUCUGCUGGGAGCUGUGGGUUAUUCCCACAGCCUGGAUACCUGCAUGUUGGAGGUGGCCGUCAUCCUCUUCCUCACUGUGCUCAUCAUCUUUGGGAAUCUGGUGGUGAUCUUUGUCUUCCACUGUGCUCCGUUGCUGCACCACCACACCACUGGCCACUUCAUUCAGACUAUGGCAUACGCUGAUCUGCUGGUGGGCGUCAGCUGCUUGGUGCCUUCGCUGUCCCUCCUUCACUACCUCCGAGGCCUGAACGAGGAGCUCGCUUGCAAAGCCUUCGGCUACAUUGUUUCUGUGCUCAAGAGCGUCUCCAUGGCCUCCUUGGCUUGUAUCAGCGUGGACCGUUACAUCGCCAUCACGCGGCCGCUGUCCUACGCCACUCUGGUGACGCCGUGCCGGUUGAGGGUGUGCAUCAUUCUCAUCUGGGUUUACUCUGCCCUGAUUUUCCUGCCUUCUUUCUUUAGCUGGGGGAAGCCGGGAUACCAUGGGGACAUAUUUCAGUGGUGCGCAGAGUCGUGGAAGACCAACACGACAUUCAGCACCUUCAUUGUGGCUUUGCUCUAUGCACCGGCAGCCCUCACGGUCUGCUUCACCUAUGGGAGCAUCUUCCGGAUCUGCCGUCAGCACACGAGGGAGAUCACCCAACGCCAUGCCCGCUUCAGCUCGCAGACGGAGACCAAUAAGGGCGAGCGGUGCGAGGGCUGCACAGACAAACGCUACGCCAUGGUGCUGUUCCGCAUUACCAGCGUCUUCUACGUGCUGUGGAUGCCAUACAUCCUCUACUUCCUCCUGGAAAGUGCUGGGUUGUAUCGCCACAUGGUGGUAUCCUUUCUCACCACAUGGCUGGCCAUCAGUAACAGUUUCUGUAACUGUCUUAUCUACAGCCUCUCCAACAGCGUCUUCCGAAAAGGGCUAGGCAAUCUCCUAAACCCUCUGCUUCCAUCCUGCCUCGGUUGUGCAGAUGCUAAAAAGGCUCCGCCCCCUGGCAGUCUGCGAACGGAGACUCGAUGCCACGUGUGAGACCCCGCAGCCAUGGCUUUGGUUGAAAUGUUUUCCAACUUUCUGUGCAGCACAGCCUUUGUGGUCCUGAAGUUAAACGAUCAAGGACCACCUGUGCAGAACACAGCAAGGUGCCUGUGCAAAUGUCUGUUGGUGCUUUUUUUUUAUUUAUUUAGAUAAAGUGGAAACAGGAGCCCACAAGGCUCCCACUGAGUGUUUUUGAGACUUGGGGAAAGGAUGCUACUUCAUGGUUAUGAGCUCCGGAAAGAACGAUGCUGAGGAAGAAACCAGACUGCAUGAAAAGCUUCACUUAAAAAGUUUGAAAUGUCACAAACGAACGUAAUACAACCUGCCCAGUCAGAUCCGCCAAAUGCAGAAAAGUAAAAUAGUUUAUUGCCAAAUUUUUAUAUCUGCUGUAUUUUAGGCUGGAUCUAGGUGUUAGCCAUAUGGCUGAUCUGCCUCCAGAUGGUGAGGAUCUGUAUGAAAAAUCUCCCACCUUCAUAUGAUCUGAUGAUCUGCUCGUCUGGGUAAGAACUGAACAGUAUUUUCUUGAGAAAAGAGAGGGAUGUCUGCAACAGCACGUGUUGUUUCAUCUACCAGAUUCCUCUGUUGUGAAGCAUGGCGUUAGCCGAGGCAGUGUGUUUGUUCAGUCUUGUGUUUCAUAAAAAAUGUUGAUUUAUGAAUUAGCUUUACUCUAUGAGAUGACGGCGGACCCCGGGCGUUUUUCUGCCUGCAGCCUGUGUUCAACACCCAAUAAGGAGACAGUGAGUUUUAUUUAUUUGGGGAGAUUUAUUAAUAUGUUUCAUCCUUGAGUUUAUCAGCAGCUCUUUGUUUGGCUGAUCUUUGAAACUGAAUAUUAAACUACUGCUUAGGGUGUUAUUUUGUAAUGAUGAUCGACUCAUGACUGCUGGAGCAAGCCAAUCUGUGUUUUAAAAUGGAUCUGCUGGGACAAUCCUUUCUGGAUUUACCACAAACAUUAAGUUAAAUUUAUUGCAAAUCUUCUGCUUCCCUUUUUCCGUCCACAGCAGGUUGUUGCUGCUGUUUGAAGCAGGAGAGGAGAACGUCUGAGGUUAAAUGGGUUCAGAGAGAAGGAAGCUUGGUUUUUUUUUGGCUUUAAAUAAAUGAAGAAACUGGAUCUUUAUCCCAGAUUUAUAUUUAGACCUGCAGGUUUGGAAAUGAUCUGAUAUUUUGAGUCUUUUCAAAAGUAAUUUUUGUCCUCUUAGAGCUCUGAUAUUCUGCCCUCUAAGCUUGGCUGGGCCCAGUAGGACUGUAGGACAGUAAAAAUACCUGUUUCUUGGUUUUAAAACCAAACUUUCAAACUAAACUAUUAUUUGAUACCAAAAAUGCAAGAGUUAUUACUAUAACAGCUAAAAAAAACAUUAUUUAUUGCUCUAAUUUUGACUUUGGUAGCUGUAAUAUUUCCAGUUAUUUUGCUACACAGAAACACAAACUAAGUGUUGAAGAAAAUGUUAAUGAUGUUCAAUAACUCCUUAAAAUCUAUGCCAGCUGUUUUAUACACUCUUGAGAUGGAUUUUUAAACCAGUUUCAGAUAUUUAAAAACUAAGAAUUAACUUCAAAUUCAGUCUCAGGCUUUGAGAUGAAAUUUAAGUCAACGACAGAUAAAACCCCAGCUGAUUUUUAAAAAACAAUAUUUUCGGCUGGCUGCAGUGGAAGACUUUAACAUCAUACAGGGGAAAACAGCAGGUAGAUUUAGGGGCGGUUGUAAAGUAAAAAUGCUGAUUGCACUGAAUAUUAUGUCUUUACUGUAAUUCUGCUGUUUAUAAAUCACCCCGAGGAGUCAAACGGGCAGAUAUUCACCCGUCAUUGCGUAGUGUUGUAGAGAACCUCAUUGAGCGGUCAGUUUACCUGAAGACCUGCUGACUCUCGCAGCACAGAUGCUGCUCCUCCAGAAGCUCGAGUGCUUUUGUAACCAGAAAUAUGUGGAAGCGUAGAACACCUUCCAAGAAAAAGAAAAAUAGUUAUAUCACAUAACAUAAAAACUUUAUUGUUCUAGCAAUACAUUUUUCCGGUUUGUACAGUAAAUUAUCACCUUAUUACAAUAUACAUAUUUAUAACAAUUA